AUGUUCGUGAAUAUAAUCGAGGAGUUCAAUAUUUCUAUAAAGAUGCUUGGUGUCACUGCAGACAAUGCAAUGUCAAAUAACCUGAUGAUCGACGAGCUGGCAAAGCUCAUUGAGUCAUUCCAGGGCCAGGCCAAUCAUGCACGCUGCUUCAACCACAUCAUGAACCUCAUGGCGAAGACUUUUCUCUGUCAAUUUGAUGUACCGAAAGGGAAGACCAAGGAUGCACUUGAUGAUGCAGAACGUGCACUGAUCGAGCUGGCAAAGGGCUUGAACAUGGGUGAGGAAGAUGGACAUGAAGAGAAUGCCCCCAAUAACAUUAAUGGAUGGAAAGAUGAAUGCCUGGGACUGACUUCUGAGGAGUGCAAGGUGCUCGACAUGAGCAUUCAGCCUGUUAAGCUCAUCCUCGUGAAGCCUGGAGUAGCUGCGAAAAAUUGCAAGCUCCAUUGUCUGCUCCUCCACCAAGCUCCUACCGGCUUGGUGAAGAGUGCUUGA